AUGCCGCCGUCGAGAUCUAGAAAACGCACUUCGGCGCCGCCGACCACGACUGCGCGCACAAGGAGGUGCCGCCGGCCUGCGGCGGUGCCAUUGGAUGAUGUCGCUGGCGCAGUGGCGCCCCCGUUUUCUUCCCCCCUCUGGGCGUCGCUUUCAGAGGAUUUGGUUUGCGCGAUAGCCUGGAGAGUGCUCUCGGGCGAUAUUCUGGACUACGUGCGCUUCCGCGCCGUUUGCACCAGCUGGCGGUCUGGCACCGUCUGCCCGUGUGGCCGCGGCGCCGCCGAUCCGCGCUUCCACCCGUGCCGCUGGAUGAUGCUGCCGGAGGGCCAUGGCCUCUACCCCGGCCACAGCAGGCUGCGCGGCUACGUCCGCUUCUUCAACCUUGACACGGGAACCUUUGUCCGUGUCAAGCUCCCGCUGUUCAACAGCCACUGCGCUCUUGACUCGGUCGACGACCUCCUCCUCCUCCAGAGGGACGAGGACACCGGCAUCCGCCUCGUCCACCCGUUCACCGGCGACAUCGCUGAGCUCCCACCACUCGCCACCCUGCUCGCGCAGCUAAAGAACGACCCCUCGGUCCCUCGUGGUUCUGAUCCUUACUGGUGGUGGUCCUUAAUCAGAUACUGCGUCUGUGCUACCGUGUCCUGCAGCGCCGGAGCCAUCACCGUGAUGCUUGUGUUCCAUCAUCUGCGACGUGUAGCCUUUGCUACCUCCGAGGACCGGCAAUGGGCAAUGCCAAGCUGGGAAAUCCCAGUAAACAUCGCACCCUUGUCGCUCCAAGGCAAGCUAUACUUGGUGCAAUUUCCUUGCGCUAAUGGCUCGCUGGUCUUCCAGAUGGAGGUUGGUUCGCCGCCGCUGCCGCCAAAGAUGAUUGCCACAUGCCCAGCAGAUAAGCUCUACGGCGGCUACCACCUUGUAGAAUGCAACUCGCAGAUCCUGCUUGCCGGGUAUACCGACAGCUCCAUGUCUCACAUUUCGAUCUACAAGCUCGAGGACCUCAUCUUGGAGAGGUUUGUCCCGGUAACAAGCAUCGGAGACCGAGCCCUCUUCCUUGAAGAUCGGAGCCUGAGCUUCUCCUCCAAGGCACUGCCAACCAUCAUCGCUGAGACAGUUGUGUAUACAUGUCCACUCAACCGUUGUUUUGCGCAAUACCGUCUCACUACCGGUGCUUGGUCUCAGCCAUUCGAUGGAUAUAGCGACGGCUUCAACCCAGGUCCUUAUAGCCUCAUCCAACAUGUCAUUAGCUGCUGCAUUCGCAAUGUUUGGUAUGUCAGUGGUCCUACUCUGUGUGUCCUCGCACCGUCCCCCGUCGUCCGCAAUUGGUCCUUGGAUCAUCUUAUUUACUGGGCCAUUCUUCUUGUGAUCCUUUUAGGAACAAAGGGCUGGUAUAUUCUGAAAAGGAAACCGAAAAACCCGGAUGGCUUUGUUGGAAGGUGA